AUGGCCACGGAUAUGAAGACCGACAACUUCUCGAGUCAUCCGUCCUCACAGACUGUUGAUGUUGACAGCGAGAGCGGAGACGCUUUUGCCUCAAAGGAGGCGCAUGCUCAAAACAACCCUGCGCCGGCGUUCGAUCCUCGACAAAACCCAGAUGGAGGCCUGCACGCCUGGCUCACUGUCCUCGGCGGCUUUUGCAUCUUGUUCUGCUCUUUCGGAUGGAUCAACACCAUCGGCGUCUUCCAAGCCUACUACGAGACUCAUCAACUUGCCGGAUACUCGUCCAGUACAAUUUCAUGGAUUCCUUCGCUCGAAGUCUUUGUCAUGUUCCUACUUGGACCUUGGGUUGGUCAACUGCUGGAUCGCUACGGGCACCGCGAGGUCCUCGCGAUUGGCACUUUCCUGCACAUCUUUGGCAUCAUGAUGACCUCCCUCUCGACCAAGUAUUAUCAGUUCAUCCUGGCUCAAGGUAUCUGCUCGCCCAUCGGUAUGUGCAUGAUUUUCAAUCCCGUCAUGACUACCACAGUCACCUGGUUUGCCAAGAAGCGCAGUCUGGCUUUCGGUAUCGUGGCGGCGGGCAGCUCGCUCGGUGGAGUUCUUCUUCCCAUCAUCACCCAACGUCUGAUGGAACAAGUCGGUUUCGGAUGGAGCAUGCGCAUCACAGCGUUUGUUAUGCUCUUCCUAUUGAUCAUCGCCAACCUGACACUCAAGGCCAGAGUGAGGAUGCCCAGAGGUCCAUACGACCCCUUCGGGUUCCUCCGACCAUUCAAAGAGUUGACCUUCGAUCUGACGGUUACCGGCGCUUUCUUGUUCUUCCUUGGCCUUUUCAUUCCUAUCAACUACAUCAUCGCAGAAGCCCAGUAUUUUGGCAUGAGUUACACACUUGCACAGUAUUUGCUGAGUAUCCUGAACGCCGCCUCCUUCUUCGGCAGAAUUGUGCCGGGAUGGAUCGCCGACACCAUGGGUAACUUCAACAUCAUGAUCAUCACGUGCGUCUGCACUGGUGUUCUUGUACUCGCCUUGUGGAUCCCAGCUUCGGGUAAUGCAGCAAUCAUCGUGUUUGCGGCCUUCUAUGGUCUUUUCAGCGGUGCCUUCUUCGCUCAGGCACCCGCCGUCGUGGCCCAGAUUUCGCCUGACAUGCGUCUUAUCGGUGUUCGAACCGGUACCUUUUUCGCAACAAUCUCCUUCGCUGCUCUGAUCAGCAAUCCCAUUGCAGGCGCUCUGAUCACACAUUAUGAUGGGCAGUACAAAGGCUUGCAAAUCUUUACUGGAACUGUCAUCUUGGGCGGUGCUGCCCUGCUAUCUGUCUCUCGCUAUAUGCUUGUUGGAGGAAAGUUGUUGGUCAAGGUUUAG